UCAGCAUGGAACUCGCCGAUGUUGAGACGACACCGUCAUUGGCACCGACCGUCCCCAGCCCACACCAUCAUCCCCCCAAAUGCGGCAGCGGACUGGCGGGUCGUGUGGCUUGGCGUGGUGCUGGAAGGGGUGCUGCGAGAAGGGAUGGACGGGGCGGUUGGGCCGGGGGAGGGGCGGGUUGAUGGUGAUCGCGAAGUUGGGCUCGUUGCGGAUGGCGCGGAUGUCAUGGUUAUAGCGGAAGAGCUCGAGUGUGCCGUCCUGCUGGCCAUUGGGGCGACGAAAGGCCACAUGGCGGCCGAUGAUCAUCCACUGGGCGCAGAAACGGGGCACCGAUGAGUAGUCCUGCACCCAACACACAUACACAGAGAGCCAUUCACUCAUUGCCCUAUUGCCUCUUCUCAUGUGUGUCGUGCUUACCGCCUUGGUGGGGUGUGUCUGCAGAUUUCCGGGGCCCACAGUGACCGGCAGCUGGCAAUAGCCGAGAUGCUCAGCGAAUCUGAGUGUGUCCGCCACCUCCCGCCAGCCGCCCUCGUCCCCCUCCUCUAUCACCCACAUGGCCUUCAUCACAUCGCUGUGGCUCAGCUGAUCGUCGAACCGCACCGCACCGCCCACCCCCGCACACUCGAUGGCCCUCGGCAGCCGAAUAUUGCGGAUGAUGGGCCGCAGGGCGUUUCUGAAGUGGCGGGCUGUCGCCUUGAGUCGGGCGACGGCGGUGAGGUCAGAGAGUGACAGGACGAUACUCAUCGGCCCGGCGGGAAGGUCAGACACGUGCAACCGCCGAGCCUGACGACACACACAAAGACACACAUGGAGCUGUGUGUGUGUGUGUGUGUGUGUGGUCUCUUUCUCACCUGUGUGAGGGUGUGUGUUGUGAGUGCGAUAGUCGAGUCGAUGUUGUCCGCCAGCUGGGCCAGACGGGCCGAUUCGUUGGCGAGUUGACGACUGACCUUGGCCACCAUCUGACAAGCGAAUCAACCACACGAGAGACCAUGACACAGAGGCCUUUGUGCUGUGUGGUGUGCUAGGCAGUCUGGUCGCACCAAUGGUGUGAUCGCAGCGGUGUCCAUCUGAGUGAGUCGGCCGAUGCCAUUGUUGACCUGCGCAUCACAGCACACACAAACAACACAAAGCAACCGAUGAGCGACGGAGGCACUGAACGGGUGGAUGAGUGAGUGUGUUGACUCCUUACCCUCGCCUGAUUCGCCUGAUAGGCCUGAAUCUGUUUGAGCAUCUGAUCCCGCAUCGCCGCCAUUGACGUCUGCAGCAGACAUCACAUCAUGAUGGCAAACAACACAUUGUCAACCAAAUAUAGCCCCAUCCCAUCGUGAAGCCACGGCGCAAAUGUUACGGAUCAACCGAAUAAGCUAAGCUGUGGUUAUCCAUCUGCGGGCCGCAUUCGCCAUUUCCAGCGAAAUUGAUAAGCC